AUGCGUGGGGAGCAGGCAGGAGAGCACGUAGGCACGUACUAGAGCGAAGGGUCGCACGAGGGGAUGUUCUGUUUCACGUGCGGACGUUUGCACGCGGCACAAACACAUUUGUGAUUAUUCACAAUGUACACCCAUUUAAAGGAGGUGGCAAUUUAUUGAGGAAAGAAUUGGAAUAUAGCCGGAAGUACAUUAAAGAGUCGAUUUUCAUGAUCAAUCGCAUUGAAUUUAGAAUUUAUUACAUUGAUCAGUUUCCUUUUGAAGGUCCUUUCUCUUCUAUAAAUCUCAGUGUACCUGGAGGAGCCAAACCACAAAAAAGCAUCAUUAGCUUCUCCCCGGCCUGAGAAUUCCCGAUGCAUCCCAUCAUCGCUACACUCCUCCUCGCCGCCGCAAUAGCCCCCGGUCUCACGGUGGGUUCCCCAUCUCUCAUCAACGAGACAUGCACCGCAACUUCCAACUAUGGCUACUGCUUGGGCGUGCUCUCGGCUGAUCCGGCAGGCGCCUCCGCCACGGACAAGCGUGGCCUCGCCAUCGCCGCGGCCAACAUCACGAUGCGCAACGUGACGUCCACGGUACGCGUCCUCACCGAGCUGGUAGAGGAGCUCAAGCUCUGCAUCAAGUACUACCAGGACAUGGACGAUCUCGUGGCCAGCGCCAUCGACGACCUGCGUGUCGGGCGCCCCGCCGUUACCUCGUUCUACAAACUGCACCGGGCCUCGGACGAGCCCGGCAACUGUGAUAUAAUGUUGUUUGAGGGAAGCGCCCACAAGAACCCGGUGAGCUCGGAGAACAUGUACAACGAGGCCAUUUCAAAGUUAACCAGCGACAUCGUGUACCAGUUGGUACAUUAAUACAAUUAGCCUAAGUUGCAUGGAUAGGUCCACCUCCCCCUCCUCCUCCUUAAUCUUACUCUACCCAUGUAUUGUAUUGGGAGGCUGUGGGUAGCAUCAUGCCAUUUCCAGGCAUCAGCUAAUACAGUUUGCUGGCAAGGCUGCGUCUGAUUGUUUCUAUGAAUUCUGUUGCUAUUGUUGUGCUUAACAAAAUGUUAAA